UGACAUCCAUCCCACGUUACGUCAGACGGAAAAGAAACAAGACGAACAAUUCCCCUUACCUCCUCAAGCACACUCACCUAACAUCGUAUUUGUACAACGUGAUAGCAGAUCGUCUGCAGGAUGCAUUCACCACCCAUGUCUGAUCUGUCAUCAUCACCAAUGCGCUGUCCCUGCUUUCCUUUUUUUCUUCUUUUUUUUAUUACUCCACAUAGGUAAGAACUGGUACCAGUACUUGUCGUUCUCGGCUAGGGGAAGAAGAGCAGGAUUUGACUUUUCAAAGUGCGGGUUUCCUUUUGCUUUUUAUUACUAUUGCUUUCGGCCGGCUAUUCCCCACCAAUCGAAUGCAUUUCUCGGAAGAGGAGAGAGGCCGGAACGCGAAUUGAACAUGCCGUGGGGUGACCGGGAACUACUUGUCUCGAUUGUUUUCGUCUGCAGUCUUCAGGAUGGGCAGUACUUCAUGGACGUCAUGAGAAUUCGCUACUCGCGGCUGUGAAGUUAUGCGGGUGUCUUGUCCUCUUUUUCUCAUCUUUCUUGGUCGAGGUUUGGGGUUUGGAGUAUGGGCUUACAUUCCGGUCCCCGGACUUUUUGCCCUAGAUCAUAUUUUGAUGCGGGUAGAUGGGGUACAGCAAACUUGCUUUUUCUUCCAUGGGAAUAUGCAGGCUAUCCAUUCGUAG